GAACUUGCUCUUUUCUCUCUUGUUCGUGUCUGUUCUACGUUCGAUCCGGCUUGCUUUGUGAACGUACUAGCUGGAUGAUGCGAGAUCUCACCCGGCUGCUCACUCGCACUGUCCUUUUACUGUUUUCUCUUGCAGCAGCCCGUUCCCGAGCUCCUCCGGAAGAUGACAGAGAUCGCCGUUUUUCACUUCGUGACUCCCGGGUCUGGUUCCCAAAGAUCGGCGACCUCGUCAAAUGACUGAACAUCAUGAUACGUAGCCUCAUGACACCCCGAGCCGAUCUUGCUAUCUCACUCCUCCCAGCACGCUCCAUGCGCCAAUCAAGGACGCAUGUGUGUCACCCACGCCCUGCCAACUCAGCGCUGUGCAUUGACCCGCAGAUACGUGCAGUGCAUGAUCGUUAUUGCUACUAGAAUUGGCCAAUGGAGUGCGUCCCUAGUCUCCCCAAGGCAGACGUUACGCUCAGCACAUUCGUGACUUCUAUGGCCCGAUCAAAGUUUCGAUUACCGAAAGGCCUUGUGAGUAGUCUGCUUCAAGGAGACUAUGCAUCCCGAGUAAUUAGGCUGCCAAGUGGCUUGUCAGGUGACCCGAUGGAUUGGCAUUGCGACCCGCCGAGAUUACUAGAUCAAAUUGCAAUGCUCGAGUUCCACUUCUGUUCUACUCUCCAGGCCGGCCGUGCAUGCUGGUAGUCACUUUCAACUGCCUAAUGCCGGUCCGACUCGACAUAUAAGAUCAUGUCAUCUACAUCUUCUCUUGUCCGCGUCAUGAAGUCUUCCUGGCGGUGCGAAUACAGCAAAUACCCACCGACUCCGAGGACAUCCGGAAGCCGCAACAGUAUAUUGCAGAGACCUUUGUGCCUAGACAAGGCCGCCGUCUCAAGGAAGAGCAUUUCUGUCUGUAAAAAUAGACAAGCUACGAACGUUGCUUUGCCGUGUGCGGAACACCCAUCAUUGAUUUUUUCAUCUGCCAACUUGUUGUUUGGCCGUCGUUGCGUCCAAUGUGACCUUGCUUCCUUCCAUCACAUGGAGCGCGUCGCCACAAACGGGUUUCGAAGACAUCCACGCGACUCUGAUUUACUGAAAACUAUUUAAAGCUCGGCGGGGACCUGCAGUGGAUGCGGUAAUUGCCCCUCACUUCUAUCACAGCCAUGAAGCAAUCGCUGCGGAGCCUCGUCUCGCUGCUCGCUGCUGCCUCCUCGAUCAGGUCCGCCUCGGCAGCGGUCUCGCAAGCAUUCGCCCCGCCGUCCCCCCGCGGCCCGCUGGUUCAGACUGCCAACUACACCGCGUUUUCGAACUCGACGCUCGAUGAUAAAGUGACCGUGGCAGGCAAGGUGUUCGAUCGCAUUAUGAUCGUGUGGCUUGAGAACACGGACUUUGCUACGGCUGCGGCCACUCCCACCUUCCAGAAGCUCGCAAAGGAGGGGAUACUGUUCACGGAUUACAACUCCGUAACGCAUCCCUCCCAGCCCAACUACAUCGCUUCCAUGGGCGGCGACUUCUUCGGCGCCGGCGACGACACCUUCGUGCACAUCCCGUCCAACAUCACGACCGUGAUUGAUCUGCUCGAGGAGAAGGGCGUUUCGUGGGCCGCGUAUCAGGAGAGCAUCCCGACGGACGGCUUCUUCGGCUACAGCUACACGGCCCCGGACUACCUGGGCAAGGGUCUCAGCCCGUACACGUACUACAUGCGCAAGCACAAUCCACCCAUGAUCUACGACGCGGUCGCCGGCGAUGCCGAGCGCGUCAAGCGCAUUCGGUCCUUCAACGACUUUGCGAAUGAUGCGGUGAACGGAACACUCCCUCAGUGGAUGUUCGUCACGCCGAAUAUGGUCAACGAUGCGCACGACACGACGAUCGACUUUGCGGCUGAGUUCCUGGACUACUGGCUUGUUCCUUUGCUGUCUGACACGCGGGUCAACGGCGACCGGACUCUGAUUCUGCUCACUUUCGACGAGACGGAGACGUACAGCGAGCAGAACACGGUCUACACCGUCGCCUUGGGUCGGUUCACUCUUUCUACCAGGCUAUUUCCGCUUAUAAGCACCAGGCUCGGCGAUCCCGGCGAAGCUGAAGGGCACCAAGGAUGCCACCCUGUACACGCACUACUCGCUCAUCUCAACUGUCCAAGCGAACUGGGAUCUGCAGUCUCUCGGCCGGCAGGACACGAACAAGACUGUGGCCAAAGUGUUCGAUUUCGUCGCACAGGAAAUCGGAUACACCAACACCAAAACCAGCCACGUGCCGCACUUCAACCUGACCGGAAUCUUCAACGGGCCAUUGAACCCGUACCAGUUCCAGAACUUCCCCGCGCCCAAUGUGUCGGCCGUGGGCGUCAGCGGCCGCCCCGUCCUCCUCCGCCCCGGGCUGGACACCAAGUUGACCGUCGACAAGCUCCCUGCGCCCGUCAACCUGCAUGCGAAGAACCGCGCGAGCCCGUACCAGAUGAACGUCGCGACGACCAGUCUGAAGAACAUCAUCCCGUGCACCAAUGCCGCUUGCUCGUGAUUAGAUUGGAUAGUGCUGUAGACAUCUGUUGUAAUCUUUGGCAGAAAUACGAAUCUCGGCAUUGCAUGAUUCUUGAGGCCUGCUACUCAGUGGUGGGCUGUCGGCCAGCUUUUGGAUUCUGCCGCUCAACUCUCAAGCUGCACCUUCAUAGUUAAAUUCUUGUAAUUCUCUAUCUGCGUUGAUCUGGGAUUCUUCCAC